AUGAUGAUCGGAGAAAAUCGCCGGACUUAUCCGACGGUGGAGAUUCCUCAAUGGCCGGUUUCUGAAGAUUUUACAGCGUCGGAGUAUUUAUCUCCGGCGAUGAACAGCCCAGAUUGCAGCAUGCUUGAAACUUUAGCGGCGUUUCAGCGUUUUCUACCGUCUAACGAACCGGAUCCGGAUUCUGAGUUGGAUCUAUUGGGUCCGGAUUCACCGAUCGAUGCUUAUUCAUGUGACCAUUUCCGCAUGUACGAUUUCAAAGUCAGGAGGUGUGCUCGUGGUCGUAGCCAUGACUGGACGGAGUGUCCGUACGCUCAUCCCGGAGAAAAAGCUCGCCGGAGAGAUCCGAGGAAGUAUCAUUACUCCGGUACGGCUUGUCCUGAUUUCCGUAAAGGUGGUUGCAAAAAAGGUGACUCGUGCGAGUUCGCUCAUGGGGUUUUCGAGUGUUGGCUUCAUCCAGGUCGUUACCGUACUCAGCCGUGUAAAGACGGUGGUGCCUGUCGCCGGAGAGUUUGUUUCUUCGCUCACUCGCCGGACCAGCUUAGGUUUCUUUCGAGUCAGAGCCCUGAUCGAGUCGAUUCCUUCGACGUUUCGUCUCCGAUUCGUCCAAGAGCGUUUCAGCUGUCGAUUUCUCCUGUUUCCGGUUCGCCGCCGAUGAGUCCAAGAGCUGACUCGGAGUCUUCUCCGUUUACGACUCAGUCACUGAGUCGCUCACUCGGAGCUUGCUCUGUAAACGACGUCGUUGCUUCGUUUAGGAAUUUACAGUUCGAAAAGGUAAAAUCUUUUCCUUCGUCUUACAACAAUCCGUUACGAUGCUACCAUUCUGGAUUCGGGUCGCCACGUGGAUCCCUCUUGGGUCCUGGGAAUCAGAGUUUACCCACAACACCGACCCGACCCGGUAAUCUGGACUUUUGGGAGAAUGGUUUCGAGGAAGAGCCCGGGACGGAGCGGGUCGUGGAGUCGGGUCGUGAGCUACGAGCAAAGAUGUUUGAGAAACUUAGCAAGGAGAACUGCAUGGAUCGGAUUGACCCGGAUCCGUAUCAGAAUUUGGAUGAAGCUCCUGAUGUCGGGUGGGUAUCUGACCUGGUGAUGUGA